CCUCACGUUCGCCUUACCCAGGUGUUACUCCAAAACUGUUUAAAGCUCCCUCUUUUUCGAGACGUCACAAGGUCACACCUUGAUCACCUCAUUUCUCAUCACCCCUUGGACGCCAUUCAUUCGAUUUUUUUUUUUUUAGAGGGGAUAAAUCAUCGCAGGAAAUAAAAGUGACAAGGGUUCCAUCCUGGCUGUCUUUCUUAAAACCACCAAGGCGUGCCUUAGGCAUCUGACGGAAACCAUCAAAGAGAACUCCAGAUCAAGGGAAGCAAUCAACACACAUUCACUGCUAUGAACGCACAAAUAACUUUCCUGGAUGGAACCCUGCGUCUCAUCCACAUUCCCCUCCCCCUCUACUCGACCUUCCUCCAACCCAUCCUGCAAAUCCUUCUUCCACCAAGCCAACCAUUACCAUCAGCAACACCCUCACCACCCGUCGGUAACUUCCACCACCAAGAUGAAACAACCUUUCUAAACAUCUCCAUCACCCCCCUCGAAUGCUCCGUCGUCUGCCCCUCCUCCUGGGCCCGCGCCGUCUUUGAGCCCGCCAUCGCGCGCCUACCAGAAGACCAAGCAAAAACGAUUUCGGUUUCCAAGGAUGCCUACGCCGUUUUUUCCGUCAUCAGCGCCGGCAUGGACGCCGGCUCGCGCGUCGUCGACUUGACUUGCCCGCUUGCCUUGGCGGGGAUCCCGAUCUUCUUCAUCACGACGUAUUACUCGGAUUUCAUCCUGGUGCCGACCAAAGACAGGAGAGCGGUGGUGGAGACGUUGAGGGCCAAGGGCGGAUUUGUAUUUGUCGAGGAGGAGGGUGGAGAUGAAAACGGGUUCGAUGGGUAUGGAUCGAGAAGGGGGUCGGUGACUAUGGCGUCCGGGAUGGGUUAUCAUUAUGCCAGCGCAUCAAGUGGAAAUGGCAGGCUUAGUGGGAUGUUGACCCCGAUGAUGCCGACUACGCCGCCCCCUUCAGAUGCAGGAGAAUUGCAGCUCAAGACGUUUGAGACGCUCAAGAGGCGGAACGUGGUGCCGUUUGUGGAACCCGGUUUGAGGCUGGUGCAUUGCUCGGGGAGGGAGAAGACGAGCAUCCACGGCGGCGGGGGCGGCGAGGGCGGACGUGGCCAUGGACAUAGUGGAGGGAACGUUUCCAUGACCGGCGGCAACGGGACGGGCUACGGCGGUGAGGUUGAUGGGGACGGUAGCGCAAAUGGCGGCGCCGGUUACUACCCGCGCAGAAGGAGGAACAGCUGGAUUGACACAGUCGACACCAAGCUGUACACAAGCAUCAUCUCGGCGCUGGUGUCGCAGCCGCGGUUCCUCUCGGUGACCCUGGCGCAAGAUGACCCCCCUUCGCUGCUGCUGGACAAGGCGCUGGUGGACAUGUUUGGCGACUCGCUGGUGGGACCGACCGAGGGCACGCUGGUACCCAUCUUUCUCGACCUGGUCAACUUGCCGUUCGAGGCAACGGGCAUCGUUUCGGGGGUUGCCGGGAGGUUGGUCAAGGACAUGCCCAUGGCGGAGAGCGUGGAGCUGUCGUACUUGUCAACGGCGAGGGCCGGCGCUGUGAUCUUGUCCUGUGAGCAAGCCGUGACGGCUCUGGGAAUUUUGGAGCCUUUGCUGAAAAAGCAGGGGUGAGUGACACCGUUUUCGAUUGUGAGGCGUGGCCGAGAAGGACAUGCUGCGUUGGCCCGGCUUUGGGGAUGGUCGUUCAUGGUGAAAAAGCCCAAAAGUUUGUAUAAUCUCGACUCCUUCAUAUCGUGGGGUCAAAAUUCGGCGCGGCGGAGGAUAAUCUGGCGUUGGCUGUAAUCUUU